AUGGAAGGAAUGGAAGGAAACAAAGAGAGCAGGAGCUUUGGUGGUUCGAAACUCUGCUGGAAAGCUCAAGUCUCAGCAACCCGCUUAGCACGGCGCAUUGGGAAGGGGACGGGGAAGGGGACGUCUGGCUAUGAUGGGGAUAGACAAAACAAUGGAACUUGGAUCCGUGGAUACUUUUCUACGUUUCGAACUGUCAUCUUGGCGGACGAGGUUUAG